AUGUUCAUCUCUUCAGCUUCAAGACAAAAAUACAUUGCCGAUGAACACCCUCUACGUGUACGAGGUACACCCGAAUACAAUCCAUUGUAUGACGCAUUCCAACCGAAUCCCUCGGUCCCGCCGCGAAUCAAUCAACACGACUUUCGACCAAUAACACCGCAACCACCACCGCGAUAUCUCUCACACUUUCAUGAUACAGAAAGUGCAUACGAUAAACCACGGUCGUUUGGUUUUGAUAAUGAACCAAAACAACGUAGUACAAAUGGACAACGACAACAUUCAACUCAUGGUCAUCAGCUUGGUGAAUCAGCAGCAGAUAGCGAAAUCGAUCUGCUCAUGGACAAAUUAGGGGGAGAUACAUCAGCUGCUAACGAUGGUGAAGCGUGUAGCAACCGAAAAACACGUCGACGACGUCGAAUUCUGUACAAUCUUUUCGAUUUUCUUGCCAUUGUAGGAACGUGCACUAUUUUCGGACUUAUCUAUGUUUUUAUCAAGCCGGUACAAAGAGGCUUCUUUUGUGAUGAUACAUCUAUUCAAUAUCCAUUUCGACCUGACACGAUUCCUAUGUGGGUCUUAGCCAUUUACGGAGGUCUUGGCCCUAUUCUAAUUUUUUGCUGUGUCGAACUUUGGGUUGUUCGUCCAUUCAGUUGCGGUCGUGCUGCUGGUGGUCACAGUGUGAAACAAAGACGAACAGAUUAUCUCAAAGUAAUCUUCCAUACGGUAUUUCUUUUUAUUCUUGGUAUUGCUGUUUGUUUUCUUAUUACUGAAGUUGGAAAACGUACGAUCGGUCGAUUAAGACCAUAUUAUCUUACGGUAUGCAAUCCAGUUUGGGCAAAUUUGAAUUGUACAAAAACUGUUUCGACAGCAAGUGGUCCUGUUACUAUUCCUCAAUAUAUAACAAAUCAUUAUUGUAAUUCAUCAGCAUCGGAACUCGAACUUCAAGAAGCAAAAUUAUCAUUUCCAUCGGGCCAUUCAAGUUAUUCAACAUAUGCAUUUGUUUUUCUAUUUGUUUACUUUGAAGCACGUAUUAUAUGUCCAAAUAUUCAAUUCCUCAAGCCAUUUCUUCAAUGUUUAUGCAUAGCUACUGCCUUUUUUACAUGUUUAUCACGUGUUACUGACUAUAAACAUCAUGCCACGGAUGUUAUUGGCGGCGCAUUAAUUGGUUUUUGCAUUGCCGUAUUUAGUGCUGUACGUGUUGGCACUUAUCUUUGGGAUUUAAGUGUGUAUUGUGAAACAGAAGAUGAAACAAAAAAAGAUCGCUUACCAAAAGAAGAACGUAUUACAAUACCUGGCGUUGAAACAAGACAAACAGGUGAAUUACGCUCAGGUGAUUCAGCGCAGGAAUCACGGUCACGCAAUGUGAAUCGUUCAAAUUAUGACAAUGUGACAUCAAUGCAACCACAUGAACAACAUCGAGGGGUAUCAAAUAUUGUGAAAACAGCAGGAGGACAACAACGUCCGUCGCCUUCAAGAGGAUACGAAGAAGCAAAUGUUUAA